AUGGCAAGCAGUUCCAAUAAAAAAAAUAUUGAUACAGACAAAUUUAUUCAAUGGGUCGAGGGUGGCGUUGCUGAAGAUUAUAUCAAUUGUCAUGUUUAUAGCGAAUUUAAAGAUAUUAGAUUUAUAGGUCAUGGAGCAUUUGGUAAAGUAUAUAAAGCUACUUGGAAAAAUUCAAAUACUAUUGUCGCAUUAAAAUCUUUUGAGAGAAAUAAUCUUAUUAUAAAAGAAAUUGUCAAUGAGAUAAAAUUAUUGCAUAAAGUUAAUCUUCAUGUAAAUAUUAUUCGGUUUUUUGGUAUCGCUAAAAGAGAAAACAAUGAAGAUAAUAUAGAUCCAACUUCAAAUUAUUUGCUUAUCCUUGAGUAUGCAGAUAGUGGUACAUUAGGAAAUUAUUUGAAAGAUAAUUUCAGUAAAUUAGAUUGGAACGUAAAAUUGCAAUUUGCAAUUCAAAUUGCUGAUGCAGUCUCAUGUAUACAUCAAAACAAUAUCGUUCAUUGUGACUUACAUUCAGAUAAUAUAUUAAUUCAUCAGAAUAUAGUAAAAUUAGCAGACUUUGGACUUUCACGUAAAUUAGCUGAAGUAUCAACUCAAAAUCAUAUAUAUGGAAAAAUAGCUUAUAUUGAUCCACAACAUUUUCAAGAACAAAUAGAUAAAAAUAAUAAAGUUGGUUAUCACUAUAAACCAAAUGAGAAAUCAGACGUGUAUAGUGUUGGUGUACUUCUAUGGGAGAUAUCAUCUGGGGAAAAACCAUUUAAAUCAUAUAAUUGUUUUUAUCACCAACCAAAAUUAAUGUUGGAAAUUUCAGAGGGAAAAAGAGAGACACCCAUUCCUAAUACGCCAAAUGAUUACAUUAACAUUUAUACAAAAUGUUGGAAAAAUAACCCAAGUGAUCGACCAGAUAUGCAACAAGUAUUGUCAAAUCUAAAAUUAGUUAAUUUGAAUAUAAUUGACACAAACACUUUAUUAAUCAAUGAAAACGAUACUAUAAUUGCUAUUGAAAACAAUAAGUCACUCGGUAAUGAUAAUAUUACUAAUAAUCAAUUAAAUUUUAAUAAUGAAGCUAAUGAGCAGAUUAAUAAUAUUGAUUUAAAUAAUGAAAAUAUCAUUAAUGAGUUAUUGUCACUAUAUGAAAAUGCUAUUCAAAGAGGAAUUAGUAAAGAAGAUUUUAUUCAACUAAUUAAGCAACACAUAAUAAUGAAAAAUAAAAGCAAAAGAGAAAUAUUUAACUAUUUAUUAGAUAACAUGAAUAAGCUACAAAAUAUUUUUCUAUUAGCAAUUUUUUAUCAUUAUGGAAUCAUAACUAGUGCAAAUGAAAUUAAAGCAUUUGAAUUAUAUAAAGAAGCUACUGAAAAAGGUCAUAAUAAUUCUAUGAAUUAUCUUGGAAAUUGUUAUAAACAUGGGAUAGGAACUGAAAAAAAUGAAAUUAAAGCAUUCGAAUUAUACAAUGAAGCAGUUGAAAAGGGUCAAGUUAAUGCAAUAAGUAACUUAGGAUAUUGCUAUCAAUAUGGAAUAGGAAUUGAAAAAAAUGAAAUUAAAGC